AUGCGCGGCUCCACGCAUCGUAGUCAAAGUCGAAAUGGACUUGAGUAUAAAGCCGAAGCUGAGCCCGCUAUAAACGUUGGUCAACUUCAAAAGCAAAACCCUUACAUUCGUUUUUAUUACCAGACAGACUUUCCUUUUUCGUCUGGUUGCAAGCAAAACCUUUACAUUCGUUUAUAUACCAUGAAGUUCCUCUCGUUGCUUCUGGUCGCCCUGGCGGUCGCUGCCCAAGUGGCGGUGUACUGGGGGCAAAACUCGUACGGUGGCGAACAGCUGUUGGCGUCUUACUGUGAUGCGCUGGAAAUCGAUGUGGUGCUCUUGGGGUUCUUAAAUGGCUACCCUAACUUGAACCUCAAUUUCGGUAAUCAAUGCAACGGCCGUUUCGAGCUGGGGUUGUUGGACUGCCCCGAAAUUGCUGCUGACAUCAAGUACUGCCAAAGCCAAGGCAAGAAGGUGUUGUUAUCGCUUGGUGGCGCCAAGGGCGAGUACGGGUUCUCGUCGGCUGCCGAAGGUGAGCAAUUCGCCCUGACUCUCUGGAACAAGUUUGCCGGCGGUAACGACGCCGAAAGACCGUUUGGCGAUGCCCAAGUGGACGGGUUUGACCUCGACAUGGAAAACAAGCACCAAACCGGCUACGUCGCCAUGGCUAAGAAAUUGCGUCAAUUGUACGACUCGCUGUCGCGCCAGUACUACCUCUCGGCGGCCCCUCAAUGUGUCUACCCUGACGCCAGUGUUGGCGACGUGAUGCUGAACGUGCCUUUGGACUUUGCCUUUGUUCAAUUUUACAACAACUACUGCUCGGUCGAUGGCCAAUUCAACUGGGACACCUGGGCCCAGUGGGCGGCGGCGCUGCCCAACCCCAACGUCAAGCUCUACUUGGGGUUGCCCGGUGCUUCCACCAGUGCUGGUUCGGGGUACAUUUCGCCCCAGCAAGUGUGUGCCACCGUCGACGAAAUCAAGGACUCGGCCAACUUUGGCGGGGUGAUGUUCUGGGACGCUAGCUCCAGUUUUGCCAACAAGGACAUGAUUUCUACUGUGGGUCAAUGCUUGAAGGGUGAGGAACCCGAGCCCGUGCCUUCGUCGUCGCUGGUGGUUGCGCAACCUAAGCCGACUCUGUCUUUGGAUUUGGGCUUCUCCGGUAACGGCGACAAGCCCGGUCUCGAAGGCGGCGCCUGGAACGGUACCGUCGUUGUCACUAACCUCCACACUGCCACUGCCACUGUCGACUGCCCCACCUGCACCAAGGGUGAGGGUGCCGUUGCCACUUCCACCAAGACUAACGUUCACCACGCCACUGCCACCGUUGACUGUCCCACUUGCACUCAAGAAGCUGCCCACGAUGCUGAGGUUGACUUGGGUAACGGCAAGGCGGUGAUUGUUGACGGCGAUGACGCCACCACCACCAUCUACCACACGGUGUACGCUUCUGAUGCUUCGUCGCUGGGUUAUGACAACUCCGGCGACGCCGUCACCACCACUGUGUCCCAAGCCGCCGAAGAUGCUGAGCUGACGGCUUCGUACGAGAUCCAGGUGAGAGUCACGGUUGACUUCUGCAACCCGGACCCGGAAGCGGCCUUCUCCACCGUCACCGCCUACGUCGCUUACGAGUAA